AUGACGACUUUCGCGAAGCGCACCUUGUCAAUGUCCCUGCUCUCGUCGUUGAGAACCUUGUCGUCCGAGCCCGAGGCCAUCAGCCCGAGAGCCGACUUUGCCGUGGGCUCCCAUCCGGAGUGCGUGCGACUGCUAGGACCGCUGAACCGCGAACGGCGGGAGUUCCGACUGGUGCGCAUACACGAUGACACCCCUGGCAAUGGAAGUCCCCCGAGCCAAAUUGUGCUCACCUUCGAACACGCUUCGCUGGACGACCCGCCUCCUUAUGUCGCCCUUUUAUACACUUGGGGAGACGAGAGGUAUGCUCCCGCCGUGGCUAUCAACGGCAUUUCCACCACUCUACGACAGAAUCUCUAUGAUGCACUACUUCAAUUACGCAAGAACGGCUUACGCUCGUGGAUCUGGAUUGAUGCUAUAUGUAUCAACCAGAGCGACAACCAGAGCGAUGAUGCCGAGAGAAGUUGGCAGGUCAACGAGAUGCGCACAGUCUUGUCUCAGGCCGAGCAAGUCUACACUUGGCUUGGGCCCGAAGCCGACGAUAGCGAUGUUGCUAUGCACCUGAUUCGAGCAAUCGCGAGGGAGGCCAAAGAUGCCGGUCUAACCAAAGAAGAUCUGACAGGGUUAAAGUGGAAGAAAGGAAACGAAAUGCUGUCUUUGGAACAUAGGGACCAUCGCGAGAAAGCGGCCUACAGUCUGGGUCGAACAUUGACCCAGUAUGAGGACCUGAAGUCAGAAGAUGGGAAACAGAGUCGAGCCGUCAGGAUGCUCGAAGCUCUGUUGCACCGCGACUAUUUCUCCCGCGUAUGGGUGAUACAAGAGUUGGCCCUUGCAAAAGAGUGUGAACUCAUCUGCGGCGAAAGUACUGUGCUUUUGCAAGAGCUGCUCAUCGCGAUCGCAGCAAUAAAGCUCGCGAUCAGCUAUUUCGAAGCCACUUUAGCCCCGGGAAAGAGGCGCGAGGACUUCUUCUUCCCAUUUGACUGGACCUAUACCAGACUGAAGGCUUUGGAAGUCCGUAGAGCAUUGGCUACAAAGUCGGGCGUUCGUUUCUGCUAUAUCCUGCAGAUUUACCACGCCGCCCCGAGUCGGCCGGUAUAUGCAGCUACCGACCCAAGAGAUGUGGUGUUUGGCCUUCUGGGGUGCGUACGAGAUGCGGAAGCCCUAGGGAUCCGUGCAGACUACACUAUAUCAGCUGCGAGGGUUUUUGCAGAUAUGACUCGAGCUUUCCUGGCCCAGUGCCCAGAGUACAAGCUAGAGUACUGCGCCUUUCCCAAAGAAACGCCGAACCUGCCCUCGUGGGUGCCAGAUUGGCAGCUUAUGGGGCGAAAGGGGAUCAAGAGAUUUCCUGUCAAUUACAGCGGUUAUUUCAAGGCUUCCGGCCAGCUACCCAAACCAACAGACCUCGGCCAAUCCACAGACUGGAAUGUUUUACGCUGGACUGGGUACCGCGUAGAGGCCGUAGCUGUCGUCAUGGAGCCGCCACGAUGGCACUGGCAUCGAUCUGAGUACCUCCCGGGGUGGAUGGAUAACGAAAGGAAAUGGUAUGAUGAUGCUCUUCGGUUCCAUUCUACCGAUCCGCCUGCAACUCACGGGGGAGAGGAUGCGCUAUGGCGCACAAUGGCUUUGGAUAAGCCAUGUGGCAGAUCUUCCUGCAAGACCACACCUGAGUAG